UUAUUUUGCAACUUAGAUUCGCAGCCGAUAGUUAGCAAUUUGGCAGCAAACAAUGUUUAAUAUUUCUUAUAAUUGUAUGGAACCAGCUGCGUACAUAUUGCCGAAAAUCGCUUGAUAGGAAGAGCGCCCCUUGACCUCGAUCAAGUCGCUAUAAAAGCCGUACUCAAAUUCGACAUCACCAUCAAUCAAACAUCUCCAAUCAGCAAAUCCACCAUGAGAGCAGCAACUAUCAUCUUUGCAAUCCUCGUCCUGGCAGCCUGCCUUCUAAGGAGCAGCGAAGCGGUGACCUGCACCGCUGAUGCCACCGUCGCAGGAUGCAUCAACUGCACCACCAAUCCAACCGAUGCCGAGUGCGUGGCCGAGGCAGCCGCCGCCACCACCACCACAACCACAGUGGCUCCAACCUCGACCACCGUUGCGACCACCACCACAGCGCCCACGUCAGCAAGUGGAUCCGGAACCGGAAGCCGUAAGAUCGUCAGCGUAAGCAACCUGCGCUACUCCGUCAACCGUCGCAUCCGGAUCAAUACCACCACAUCCCGCUCCUCCGGACGCACCGGCAGACGCUCCACCAAAUCCAACAGCAACACGAAGCGCAACCGCAACCGACGGCGCAAGAACAACUCCAGAGGCAGACGGGGAAAUGUUCGCGUCGUGGUUGGUUGAAAAAGAUUAGAAUGUAUACAAUUGGAAAAACUAUUUAUCAAAUAAAGAUAAUUUGAAAGUUAAAUCAAUCGUUU